GCAAUAAACCAUGCAUAACAGGAUGAAUGGUGACAAAAGUGAGUACAAUGUCUUAAAGUCACAAUUUCACAAGACUGUUCGAAUUAUGAGAGCAAAAAUAAUUCGUCAAAAAAAGAUGAAGCAGAUGCAACCUGCAAGGUUGUCCUUAUUGAGUCAAAUAAAAGCAGUUGUUAAUCAUGGAGAUGCUGAAUUUAGUGAUCCAAAUGCACUAAUGCAAAAAAAAGCCAGACUUUUGAGGAUGUUAGCUUUACGCGAAAAAAGGAUGGAUUGGCAUCCUCCUACAGACAGCAUUGGAUGCAGUCAGCAAGAUAACCAUCCAGUGUUCAUUGACAAAAUCAAUUCAAACACGGGAGGAGAAGUAGAAGUUGAAGGAGAAGGGGCCAUUACACCCUGUGAGGACUCUGAGGAGUUAGUAAAUCAUACCUCUCCUGAAAUGAAGAAAGGAAUCUACGUAGGAGUUGAAGAGGAUACUGCAACUCAAGACAAAUCUGAAAAUGACUCUGAAGAUGAGAAUGUUGCUACAAUAUGGAAGGAGAUGGAGUUUGCAAUGGAAUCUUGUAAGGAAUUUCCUGAGAAUCAGUUUUCCGAUGAAGAAAAAAAGGAAGAUGAAGAUGACUGCGACCAUUCUUAUAUCUUAAAGGAUGAUAUUGGCUAUGUUUGCCGAGUUUGUGGACUUGUGCAAAAGGGAAUACAAGAUAUGUUUGAGUUUCUUUAUCCGAAGAGAAUAAGGACGAAGUCUAGUUACCAUAAUGAAUCCCAUAAAACUGAAGAUAACAAGCCAGUUGACAGUCUUCCUGACUGGUGUAACCUACUAAGCAUGGAUCAAAGUGUACUUGAAGUUAUAGCUCAUGCAGAGCACAUUAAACAGAUGAAACCUCAUCAAAUUGAGGGCUUUAAUUUCCUGCUUAGAAAUUUGGUGACUGAGAAUCCACAUGGUUGCAUUUUGGCCCAUGCCCCUGGCUCCGGAAAAACAUUUAUGAUCAUAUGUUUCAUGCAAAGCUAUCUCGCUAAGUACCCUUCUGCUAGACCAUUAGUAAUCCUCCCAAAAGGAAUUUUAGGCACAUGGAAAAAAGAAUUUCAGAGGUGGCAACUUGAUGAUAUUCCCUUGUAUGAUUUCUACUCGGUGAAGGCAGCCAGUCGUUCACAGCAGCUGAAUGUCUUGAAGCAAUGGGCUGAGCAGAAGAGCAUUCUUUUUUUAGGGUACAAGCAAUUCUCUUCCAUUGUGACCAGUGAUGUUACUAGCAAUGAAAAGGCCGCCUGUAAAGAAAUUUUGGUGAGAGCUCCAACAGUUAUGAUAUUGGACGAGGGCCACACACCAAGGAAUAAAAACACUGACACGCUGCACUCACUAACUCUAGUUCAGACACCUCGGAAAGUUGUGCUAUCUGGAACCCUCUAUCAGAAUCAUGUUGUAGAAGUCUUCAACAUUCUGAACCUUGUUCAACCUAAAUUUCUGAAGUUAGAGCAAAAUCGUGUAAUAGUAAGGCGUAUUAUGAGCAAAGUUAAGAUUUCUGGGGUCAGAAAACAGUUGGCUGGAGCAGGGGAUGCUGCUUUUUAUGAAUUAGUGGAAAAUACACUGACUGAUGAUGAUAAUGAACAAAGAAAACUUGGGAUCAUAAAAGAUUUGCGUGAGAUGACAAGCCAAGUUCUUCACUAUUAUAAAGGUGACUCUUUUGAUGAGUUACCAGGACUCAAUGACUUUACGGUCUUGCUCAAUCUUAGCCCGAAGCAAAAGGUUGAAGUUGAUGAGAUGAAGAAAUUGAAGGAAAGAAAGUUCAGAAGUAGUUCUUUGGGAAGUGCAGUAUAUUUGCAUCCCCAGCUGAAGCAGUUCUCAGGGAGCAGUAACGAAAGCAAUCAAGAAAAUCGGACUAUGAGUGAUGAGAAUUUGGAUCAAAUGAUCAAGAAAAUGAAUCUUAUUGAUGGGGUGAAAGCCAUGUUCUUCCUCAAUAUGCUACGUUUAUGUGAAAUUGCACAAGAAAAGUUGCUAGUUUUCAGUCAGUAUCUCUUGCCUUUGAAGUUUUUAGAGCGGUUAGCAGUGCAUCACAAAGGUUGGGCUAUCAACAAGGAAAUAUUCAUGAUAACAGGUGAAACAACACCAGAACACCGUGAAUGGUCCAUGGAACAGUUUAAUAGCUCACCUAAUGCUAGAGUAUUUUUGGGAUCGAUUAAAGCGUGUGGGGAAGGAAUAUCACUUGUUGGAGCAUCACGUAUUUUGAUACUUGAUGUUCAUCCAAACCCUUCUGUCUCUUGGCAAGCAGUAUGCCGGGCAUUUAGGCCAGGGCAACUGAAAAAAGUGUUUACUUAUAGACUGGUUGCAGCUGAUUCUCCUGAAGAGGAUGACCACAGAACUUGUUUUAAGAAAGAAAUAAUAGCAAAAAUGUGGUUCGAGUGGGAUGAAUUUUCUAAGAAGAAGGAUUUAGAAUUGAAAUCCAUUGAUUUAGAAGACUGUUGUGAUAUUUUCUUGCAGAAUCCUCUGCUUAGGAAAGAUGUAAAAGCUUUGUACAAAAGGUAGUCUGAACUCUGAAGUAAUGAACCUGCUUUGCUUAAGAACCUGUAAGGUACGCUUGAAAGUAUGUGCUCCUAGAUGAUGUUUCAACUGUCCAAAGUGGAAGAACGAAUCUUUGUUGUACGUCUUAUCUUUUGAAGUUCUGCAUCACCUGUGAGCACUACUCCCAGAGGCGUCCUAACCAUAUCUUGUGUGCAACUAAAUGUUGAACUUUAAGUGCAAAACUUAGUUUUGUAGAUCAUGCCCAAUUUAUUGUCUAAUUUGUGGACAUUUAUGAUGAUACCUAUUCAACAGCCCAUUUUUCAAGGGUUGAAAUUUAGGAAUGUAAAGAAAAUAAGAAUAUUAAGAAGAAUGUGAUAUUUUCCUGAUUUUU